AUGCUUAAGGUGAUCGUGGAGAAGGUGUCUGGGUCUCAGAUUGUGGACAUCGACAAGAGGAAGUAUUUGGUGCCCUCUGACAUCACGGUGGCCCAGUUCAUGUGGAUCAUCAGGAAACGCAUCCAGCUGCCCUCGGAGAAGGCCAUCUUCCUCUUCGUCGAUAAGACCGUGCCUCAGUCCAGCAUCACCAUGGGACAGCUGUACGAGAAGGAGAUGGACGAGGACGGCUUUUUAUACGUGGCGUACAGCGGAGAGAACACCUUCGGUGUCUAGACCCACCAUCGUCAUCAUCAUAAGCCUUACUGACGACAGAAUACAACACCUGGCCACCACCCUAACUCACAGCCCCACCCCUGGGAGAAGCCCUGGGAAACCCCAGAGAAAUGAAGUGAAAUAAAUAGUUGAAGAGAGUGAUCAGUUGAGAACCACCAUGAUGAUGAGUCACCAGUCUGUCUAAUCUAUUCUGCACAUGUUGUAUCAAUGCAGUACACAUUCAUAUGUUUAUUAUUAUUAUUAUUAUGAUGUUAUGUAUAGUGAUACAAAUUGGAAUGACUGUUUUUGUUUCGUCUGAUGUUUUGUGUUUUACUUUAGUUUAGGUGCUUUUGAGGUUGUUGGGAGGUUUUUUCAUUCGUGAAAUAAUUGUUUUGUUUGUUUCUGAAGUUUCACUUUUAGUUUGGCUUUUAUUCUUGAAGAUUUAUAUUUAAAAUAAUUUUAACUAUUUGAACGGUAAGGUAGCUGGAUGACCUAACCAAUAAAAAAUGUGAAUGAU